AUGGGUUCAUAUGAGCAUGACACACAGCAAACGAAUCCGGCAGGAAAAAAUAACCACGCCGCCACGGACGUAGCCGAUACACAGGAAGUAAAGAAUCUUAAAACUCAAUAUAAAAAUGAAUUAAACACUCUACAGGAACUAUUCGCGAAUUGGACGGAAGCAGAUUUGCUCUUUGCACUACAAGAAGCUUCAGGGGACCUCGAAGUUGCGGUUAAUCGAAUCAGUGAAGGCCAUACUACUCAAUGGGGUGAAGUUAAAUCUCGCAAAUCUAAGAAAGAACACAAUCAUAAGGCGAAAGCAAGCGGACAACAACCUGGAAGUUCUCGCGGACAUCAACGAGGUGGUCAUAGUGACCGUGGCCGGCCCCGCGGUGAGGGUGGAUUUCGUGGCGGAAGAAACGAUCGUUCUCGAGGGCCAAGAAAGGAGAAUGGCUCGGGUUAUACUCGACCUCCACGACAGCAAAAUGGACCCAGUUCCAAUCACGAUGACACAAGCAACGGUGCUCACUCCAAAUGGGGUACCGAAAAUGCUAGUGGGAACUGGGGCAACAAUGAAGGCACUGGUGGCGAUUUAAAUGGUAACUCUAAUGAAAGCUGGUCCGAUUCCAAAGGUCCUGCAUGGAGCACCGAAAAUAACGCCACCAAUGACUGGAGUGCUGACAAUCCAACCCAAGGUUCAUGGAGUAAUGACAAUGCAGCGGACAAUAAUGACGUCAGUUUGGAAAACGACACUUCCACUGAUAAAGGUCAGAAUAGUAGGACCAUUGACGUCCAUACAGAGCAUUCCCAGGUGGUCCUGAAUGAUAAUGAUACCAUUAACAAUUCCGGAGGUUGGACAACCGAAAGUACAACGGAGAAUGCUAAGGAUAAUUGGGUAACUGACAACAAAAUGGAUAAUCUUGGAGUAAAUCGAGAAUCCGAUAAAUCCACAGAGAAUUCAAAGCAUUUACGUGAAUCCAACAUUGUUAAAGAAAAUAAUAACACCCGGGACACUGAUAACUCCAAAGAUAGUUGGGGUAAUGAAAAUAGUCGGACUUCAGAUACACCAAAGGAAAACUGGGGAUCUGAAGCUUCCAAAAAUGGUAAGAAUAUAAGGGAUGCACAAAAAUCACCAAAACCUGGUGCAUCUAGGUCUAUUACGGCAGUAAAAUCACCUGUACCUCAUAAAUCUCGGACAAUUCCUUCGCAGCCCAAAGCAUCCUGGGCUCAAAUUGUGAAGCCUGAGCUGAAACCGGAACCAAAGCCCGAACCAGUCUCUGCGCCUAUACACAAGAGUUCACCAGAAAUGGUAAAAUCAGUAUCUCCACAGAUAUCGAAAUCUCCAUCAAUUCCUGUACAGUCUUCACCAAAGGUGCCGGAGCCAAUUAGUGUUCCAUCUCAAGAAACGUUAGCACCUGUUAUAACGGUUGUUAAAACGGAGGAAAUCAAGGAAUCUAUAAAAGAGAUUCCAUCACCUGAACAAUCAACCACGACCCCUGCAACCUCAUCUCCGGUCGCUAGCGCAUCACCACGAACCAAAGAAAUAUCACCACCAGGACUUCUUUAUAAGUCCAAGACGGGAGCACCUACGCGUCGAUUAAAACAAGAUGCAGCAGUGGUGAUGCCAAGUGUUGGUGCAGGAUUGGAAAGGGUUGGCGUGCAAUUUGGCAGUUUAAGCAUCUCCAAUGUCGGUGAAGAGAUCACAGAGAUAGAGACGCCGGCAUCUCCUCCGGUUCAAAAUAUCGAGGAAACGUCGCAACACUCACAACCACCGGCCACACCCGUUCAACAGCCACCAUUACAGCAACCAUCAACUCAGCAGCAAGCCACGAACACCAUAAACCGAUCAAUUCCGACCUCAUCAACACAAAGUAGCGCUUUGCAAUCAUCUGUAAGCAGCGUUCCACCUUCUACGCCAUUGACUACCGUUCCAACACCACCACAAAAUUUCAAUCCUUCAUAUUUUAAACAGCAACAGGAGCAGCCAACUUCUGCCGCCUACUUGAAUCAGCAACAUCACAUAGGGUUAGCGGGGGAACCACUAAGCGCUCCGUACAGUUCAUAUCUGCACAGUCAACCUCCUAAUCAAUUAUCGGGAUUCGGUAUUGGUCCAAUGCAAUCAUUACCAGAUUACGGAGCGUUAUACGGACCAGAAGCUCAGCGCGUAAUGGGAUACUAUGCCGAUCCUUCAUAUGGCCAAGCGUCUCCGUCCACCGGAUAUCAGAAUCGAGAUAAUAACAAAUACAAUGCGCCCGAUACGACCACCAAUUCAAGUCAAAGCUCCACCCAACAAAAUAAUACGCAGCAACAAUCCACAAAUCAACAAGGACAAAAUCCCCAACAACCAUAUCCAGUGGGAGUUCCUUAUUACCCCUAUUACUAUCUUCCUUCUUAUCAGCAAUCUGGGUACGGUCAACCUUUUGUAAAUAAAUCCAUGUAUCCCGUGUAUAAUCAUCCUCAUUCGACAAAACCUGGAUCGGCUUCGGGCGCAACACCUUAUGGAUACCCUUCGACACCCACCACACCCAACGCACCGCAUCACUAUUCGCAUACUUCUACUACGGGUUACGAAGACAUCACGGCAGGACAAAUGCAUCAUCUUCCCGGUGUACCUAACGUUCACGAAUAUAAGGCCUACGGUGGUGGCGGCAUUCCUCCUCUUAACUUCUUGGGCAGCACGGCAGGUAACACACCCCAGCCUGCGUCCGGAACCACCGGAUCGACUGCAUCCAGUGGGAAGGCCGGCAAUAACGGAAGUUCAGAAUUGAAUUCCCCCGCUCAGUACAAGGGGUAUGGCGACAAAACCUCGACAGCCGCCCAACAAACUGGGGUAGGACAAUCCGGUGUCCAGCAGCAUCAGCAACAACAGCCUACAAAUCCGAAUUAUUAUGGACAACAACAGGCUCAACAAAUGUUCAAUAGCUAUCAAUAUCCACAGCCACAUCACCAAUAUCACCCGCAUCAGGCGCAUCACCAAGCUACCGGUCGCAAUCAGCAAUAUUGGAGUAAUCAAAGCUAA